UGCACACCAGCUCAGCAGCCAUAGAUAGCUCAAACAACAGAGCGGGCUGUGGGGGGGGCAGCAGGGGUGUGCGUCCUGCAGCAGAUGGGAGCAAGCAAAAAAACUGGACUCUGUGGAAAGGUUGGUUUGAUGGCUCUCGCAUGCGUUUAGAAACUGAUCCAUUUUCCAAAGUGUCAUUCAGACACUUUCCAUGACUCAUAAAAAACAAGCAACCGCACUUAUCCUCAGACUGGCAGGGAGGGAAGCUGAGAGAAGUUCUCCAUGGAGCUCAGCAGGAUAUCUUUAUGUUUCUGCAACAGGAAUCCUGCUUCUGAAGCAUUAGAAAGAUCAACAGAAAGCUUUCAGUAAUUUGUUAGGAUUAGUUAAGAGUAACAUUUUAAAGGACUGGAUUUAAAUAAGUAGGGAGGGUGUGCAUCCAAAGAAGCCCUGAAGGUCACUAGAGAAACCAUGGAUGAAGCUGAGGUAGGAGCUCAGGAGGUAACGGUGAGCCAGGCUCUUGCUGGGUUCAAGGUCACGCUGGAAGCUGCUGUGAGGGAAGUUCAUGUGGACGUGAGCGCCUUCAAGCAGCGCAUCGAGCAACGGAUGGACGAGCUGUGUGUGUCCAACCGGCCCUUGACCGAGGCGGUGUCCAGACUGCAGGAGGAGAACCUGCAGCUCAGGGCCAAGCUUGAGGCGCUGAGCCACCUGGUGGAGGGCCUCACAGGGCUGAGGAGGAAUGAUAAGGAAAGCCGAGAGGAGACGGGGCCUCCUAACUGUGUUGGACCAGAAACUGGUUGGAGUGUUUCUGCACAACCUGGAGCAUCAGGAUCUGCUGCUGCAACAGAAAACAUCCCUGCUCCUCCUCCAUGGAGACAGAGGAGACAUGCAGAAACUAAUGGCACCACUGCGAAAGAAGGCAAAGAGAACUCCGAAGAAGCCCCAGAUGCUCAGGAGAAUCAUAAACAAGGAAUCAAGUUGGAAAGCUGUGAAGAUGCCACGCCCGACUCCCACCGGACUCUGUCCUCUGCAACAGAAACCCUCAGUCCAACCAACCAGGAGGAACCAGGUCUGUCGACCAAACUGCAUCUUCCUCUAACUGGGAUGACUAAAACCAGCUCAGAUUCUACCCCAGGCACUCCAUCUCCAACUUCGACGGCCAAAACCAGCAACGAAUCCCAGAGUAUUCUAAAAAGUGCUGAAGAACUGCAGCCCCACCUGCCUGUCACUGCCAUGACCACCAAAGCCGGUCUGGAGGGUUUCCUUUCUCCGGCAUCGGGGCGGAAAGCUGCAGUAGAUCGUUUAGUUACUGGAGGAACAACUCGGAAUAUCCAGGACCAAUCUGACUCUCAGGCUUGGUCUCAUCUUCCCAUCUCUGCUGCCACCAAAGCCAGCUCAGAUGUUCCUUCAGCUUCUAAAUCUGAUCCACCUUCUGCUUCACGCCUGAACCCUCCAAUGCAAGAAUCGGCCACAGCAAAGCAAAGCGAUCAUUCAGUCAGAUGUGACAUAAAUGAACCCCGAUCCCACCUGCCUCUCUCUGCUAUAACCAGGCCAAACGCAGAGCCGGCUGUUUCAGCUCAGCCUCUCCCAACAUCACUGGACCUCACAGUAAAACCAGGGGAAUAUCCCUUUAAGAGAGCACCGGUUCUAAAGGCGCCGAGUCCAAGUUUAAAGAGGAGUGUGAGUUUUCCUCAACCUGCAGAAAAACUACUUCCUUCCAAAUCCUUCAUAAAAUCUGGAUUCUCACCCAGACUGGAUAACAGAUCUAACAACUCUGGGGGGGUUGAGUUAAAAAAAGAAACACUCAAAUCCCAAACACUUCCACGCUCCAACGGGGCCCAGGCCAAACGCGCCCUUUUUGAGAGGAUGAACUCGGAGCCCAUAAAGCCAAAGGAUUCCAAGCCCAAGCUAAAGCGCUCCCAGAGUUUCGGCGUUUCCAGCGCCAGUGGGAUAAAGCAAAUCCUUCUGGAGUGGUGCCGCUCCAAAACCAUUGGUUAUAAGAACAUAGACAUCCAGAACUUCUCGUCCAGCUGGAGUGACGGCAUGGCCUUCUGCGCUCUGGUCCACUCUUUCUUCCCACUGGAGUUUGAAUACAACGCUCUGAAUCCGGCGAACCGUAAACAGAACCUGGAGCUGGCCUUCACUACAGCAGAGGAGCAGGCCGACUGCCUGCGGCUGAUCGAAGUGGACGACAUGCUGGAGAUGGGGGACAAACCGGACCCCAUGUGUGUUUUCACCUACGUCCAGUCCCUCUACAAUCACCUGAAGAAGUUUGAAUAGCUCUGCAUCAGAGUAGUUUACAGAAUCUACAUGUUGUUUUAUACCGAGUGGGUGUUUAUCAGUCGAUUGCUUUUUGUUGUUUUUUUUUAGACGUGUGGUUUUAGAAAAUAAGAAUUGAUUCUUUCUGACAUGUUGAUGUCCGCGGACAGGAGAGACCAUCAGGAGCCAGACUGGACGAAGCUAAAGCAGUUUCAUUGCAUGACACUAACCUUACACGUAUGUUUGCACUACGUAUGUUUACACUGUUAAACUCUGACACUACGGGGAACCUGACCUAAUAGGAACCACAGAAAGCAUAGAGACACGGUUUUUCAAUGUUAAUACUGUUUUGGUUGGAGGUGUUUUUCACAUGGAAAAGGUUCAAUAAGUGGGGGAUCUACUCUAUGAAAGAAUGGAUGUCGCCAUCUGCUGGUGGAAUGAAAGAAGAGCAAAUGCUGCUCAUCUGAAGUAAUAUUAAAUUACUUCAUUGAUUUAAUGAACUCUGGAGGUUUUUCACCAAGUCAUGAAUGUUUUAAUUGUUAGCAUGGUUCCUAACUGGUCUGAAAAAGUUUGGAGCCUGAAUUAAGUAUUUUACCUGUUAAGAAAGUAGGAGCUUUUGUUUUUAUAUUUCCCACCGUCUAAAUGAGUCCUUCCUUCCUUCCUUCCUUCCUUCCUUCCUUCCUUCCUUCCUUCCUUCCUUCCUUCCUUCCUUCCUUCCUUCCUUCCUUCCUUCCUU